GCUAGGGUUCCGGCGGAACCGGACUCCAACAAGAGGUUAUAAACCAUCUCACCUCUCUCGCCAGAAGGAAUCUCCAAACUGUUGCACCGGUGGAUGUAUGGGCAUCUUUGGAGAUUGUAAAGGACCAUUCUCUCCUUCUGAAGUGUACCGGAGUCGAAAAUCUCUGCGGACUUCACGGCAAUCUAUGCCGGAGAGUGGGUGA